AUAUAUACAUAUACAUACAAGAACAUGUGUAUCUAUCUAUUUCUACGUCUCUAAAUGCAGACAACUUGCAGAAAAAAAAACAAAGAGAAAAAUAGGAGGGAGCAAGGAAGAAAAGUCCACCCUUUUGGUUUGGGCAGUCGGUGAGAGAGUCUUUGUUCAUAAUACUUGUAGCCUGCUUCUCGUGAAGACAGCUCCCGCACACGUUAAGUCAUCAGUUCAGUACAAAAGACGUGUCUUUCUCGUGCGUUUCUGUUCACACUUGUGUUGAAUAUUGGAGGGCCGUCAAGAGGGUUUUCUGGGGGUUGUGUUGGUGGUUGGCGAGCGAGAUUCAUUUUCUUUUCGCGCUUCCCUGUUUUUUCUUUGUGUUUUGGGGUGGUUGGUUGAUGGGUUCUUGCUGCAGCGUGCGAAUAAGGGCGGAUCAUAGUCCUCGCCGAGAUGGGCUGAGCUCGAGGUUCGUUAGUGUUGAUGGGAAAGACACGAGCAGCAGGCGAUCUUCUUCCUCGAUGCCAUUGACCCCUCGGAAUGAGGGUGAAAUCUUGGACUCUUCGAAUUUGAAGAGCUUUGGCUUUAAUGAUCUCCGAAUUGCCACUCGGAACUUCCGUCCCGACAGUGUGUUAGGCGAAGGUGGUUUUGGAUGUGUCUUCAAAGGGUGGAUUGAUGAGCAUACAUUUAAAGCGGCCAAGCCCGGAACUGGAACGGUUAUUGCUGUUAAGAGAUUGAACCAAGAAGGUUUUCAAGGUCACAAAGAAUGGUUGACUGAAAUCAAUUAUCUGGGGCAGCUAUACCAUCCUAAUCUAGUGAAAUUGCUUGGUUAUUGCUUAGAGGACGAACACAGACUUCUGGUUUACGAGUUCAUGCCUCGUGGCAGCUUGGAGAAUCAUCUAUUCAGGAGGACAUCUUACUUCCAGCCGUUGUCUUGGAACCUACGCAUGAAAGUUGCUCUCGGAGCAGCAAAGGGACUUGCGUAUCUUCACAGCCCUGAAGCCAAAGUUAUAUAUCGAGAUUUCAAAUCCUCCAAUAUCUUGCUUGAUACGAACUACAACGCCAAGCUUUCCGAUUUUGGGUUGGCCAAGGAUGGGCCGAUGGAUGGUAAAAGCCAUGUAUCUACAAGAGUAAUGGGUACCUAUGGCUAUGCAGCUCCUGAAUAUAUGGCAACAGGCCACCUAACUGCAAGAAGCGACGUAUACAGCUUCGGGGUUGUUCUCCUGGAGAUGCUGACAGGCCGACGUGUACUGGACAAAAACCGUCCUCAUGGUGAACAAAAUCUCAUUGAAUGGGCAAGACCUUAUCUAGCCAGCAAGCGAAGAGUACUUCGAGUCAUGGACGCCCGUCUAGAAGGACAAUAUUCACCAAGUGGGGCAUUGCGGGCAGCAACUCUUGCUAUCAAGUGCCUAGCUUUAGAACCUAAGCACCGGCCAACGAUGGAUGAUGUCGUGAAAGCAUUAGAACAACUACAAGAAAUGGGCAGCGUUAAAACUGAAGAAGCUCAGAAGCAUCGUCGGGCACGCGAUGAAGAUUCAUCGAGCAGGAAAAUGGCUUCGUAUCCAAGACCUUCUGUUUCCCCCAUUCUUGCCUGAAUGAAGCCAAAAAAGGUUGUAUUUAUGAGUUGAAUGAAGAGGUGGUGUUAGCUGGAGCCAGUAUAACUUUGUGGGAGGUUUUUCAUCUGCUUACUCCGCCUAUUUGAGAGAUUCUGUACAGCUGAUAUUCUUUCGUUCUUCUCUGGCAACUUGGCUCAGAACUCAACUUGUCUGUAUUCAUAGUAAGAAUAGUUACGUGAAAAGCCAGUGACAGUGUCCUAAAUUAGGAAAAUUCUCGUACGAACUAAGUUUGACAUAAACAAAUCAACCACAAAUAUGACAACACUUGCUA